AUGUUGUCCAAAACAUCCUCAUGCCAAAUGCAGUCGCAAUUGUUGGCUUAUUUUAUACCACCAACGGCUCUGGUUAGAAUUGGGAGUGGCGUAUCACACACUUGGACUGCCUGCACGCCAGGCUUGAAUCUGCAAGAACUUGAUUAUAAGGGCUGUAAUGAUCUGAAUUGUAUAAGGACCCCUAAAUAUAAGAUUGAUUAUUUAAUCACGAAUGCAUGA